ACCGGGGACAACGGCUAUUAAUACUGAACUGUCCACUGCACCAUCUCCAAGCAACAACAUGGCUUGAAUUUUGAAAAAUAAUGUGCAAUUUUUCAUUAAUAAAAUUAAAAAUAUGAGCAGAGAGAAGAGAAGAGAACAAUCAAAGCAUUGGAGGAGGUUAGAUAAAUAAAUUAACUUUCACAGUACAGAUAUAUGAGAAGGUUCUCCCAGGAAUCAAGGGUCAAGAUCAUUUGAUAAGACCCAUAAGAUAAGGAAACACAAAUCUAAUUCCAUUGAACAAUAAAAAUCUUUAUUCAUCUUCUCCUCUUUCUACUUCUUCUUCUUCUUCUUCUUUCUCAUUAUCCAAAGAGACUCAGACAAACUUUUUUGUUACUUAGACUUCACUCAAACAAAGAAAAGAGUUUUGUCUUUUGGGUUUAUCUCCUUACCACUUUACUCACUUUAUUUCAAAAGACUAUUAUUAUAGUUUACUCAAAAGCCCAUUUUUUCUCAUCAAUUUCUUGAAUCCAAAACCUGCUCUGCACUUCACAGACACCGACAAAAAGAGAAACCAAUUUCUGCCACAAGAAAACAGAGAUAGAUACAAACUCAAAACACUCUGUUUUUCACUACCUCAUGGUCUUCUCAUAAAAAGCUUCUAUUUUCACUCAAAUCAAACAGCCAUGGAAGCUUGUUCCAGAAAAAGAAGAAGGAGACGAGCAUACACCACCAGCACCACCGGUUACGCCGCUGUGUUCUUCUGUGGAAUCUUUGUUUUUGCUCAGUUUGGUAUUUCUUCAUCAGCUCUUUUUGCUCCUGAUCACUAUCCUUCACUACCGAGAAAGGCUGGUCAUUUCCACGAAAUGGCGUCGUUUCAAGCUCCGAAAGCUACAGUGUCGUUCACGGGUCAACGUCGAGAAGAAGAAAACAGAGAUGAAGUUUAUAAAGACGACAAGAGAUUAGUUCACACAGGUCCAAAUCCUCUUCACAACUGAAACACUAAUUAGCAACACGUGUCUGGUCUCUCUCCAAGAAACUGCCUUGAGAUUCUGCUUUGAAUCAAUCUUUAUGUUUUAGUCAUAAUGAGAUGUGGAUCAUUAUCCUUAGCCUUGUUUAAUUUUCUGUGAGGCUAAGAGUUAAUGAUCUUGUUUCUCACUUGUUGUAACUCCUUUUGCUUCAAUGGCUAUCAUCAAGAUCCAAUGAAUUAUUAUUGAUUAUAUAGUUUUGUAUUUAUUUACUUAAAUCAGUAUGUUUUCGGAAUUUGUAAUUUUUUUAUAUACUAAUAUUGUAAGCAAGAAAAAAAAAAUGGUUGAAGAUUCGAAUGCAUGGAUUUCUUCGAAGAUC